ACGGGGACCGAGGCGGGGGCUGCUGGCCCCGGCGCCGUGCGAGCGCGCCGCUUCCUGCUGUGUCUCUACCUGGUGGGCUUCCUGGAUUUGUUUGGUGUGAGCAUGGUCAUCCCUUUGCUGAGCCGUCACGUCAGGUCUCUUGGAGCAAGUCCGACAGUUGCUGGAAUAGUAGGCUCCUCCUAUGGCAUCUUGCAAUUCUUUUCUAGCACAUUUGUGGGCUGCUGGAGUGAUGUGGUCGGAAGACGGUCUUCCUUGCUGGCGUGCAUUCUACUCAGUGCCCUGGGUUACCUCCUCCUUGGAGGAGCCACCAAUGUGUUCCUGUUUGUCCUGGCAAGAGUCCCUGCAGGCAUUUUUAAACACACCCUUUCCAUCUCAAGGGCUCUGCUCUCUGACCUGGUUACAGAGAAGGAACGGCCACUUGUGAUUGGACAGUUCAAUACAGCAUCGAGUGUGGGCUUCAUCUUGGGCCCCGUGGUCGGCGGAUAUCUCACGGAAUUAGAUGGCGGAUUUUAUCUAACAGCCUUCGUCUGUUUUUCCAUCUUCAUUCUCAAUGCCGGUCUCGUGUGGCUGCUUCCAUGGCGUGGAGCCGAAGUCGGCGGGACAAAGGGCGGCCAGCGAUCGGGCGAGAGCCGCGCGCUUUCUGGAAAGACGGUCUGCAGAGAAGCGCGGGCAGCGGCCACCGCCCACGGGGCCCCGACGCGGGACAAGGCUGCUCGGCCGCCCUGGGGCCAAGUCGUGCGGGCCUUGCGCGACAUGCGGAGCCUGGUAUCCUCUGCCAUGUGGGACAUAUACCUGGUGCGCCUGCUGAUGGCCGUGGCGGUCAUGCUGUUCCACAGCAAUUUCGCCUUGGCCCUGGAGGAGCGCUUCGGCGUGCGGCCCAGGACGACGGGCUACCUCAUCGGCUGCAGCAGCGGCCUGGGGGCGCUGGCCGGCCUGGCGCUGGGGCCGCUGCUGCGGCUGUGCGGCCACGACACCCGCGCGCUGCUGCUGCGCUCGGGCGCGCUCACCUGCACCGACCUGCAGCUGGCCGUGGGCGGCGCCCGGGCCGGAGGCGCCCUCCUCGGCCUGGGGCAGUCGGUGACGGCGGUGGCCCGCGUCAUCGCCCCGCUCCUCUCGGGACUCGCCCAGGAGCUGAGCCCUUGUGGCCCCCCCAGUCUGGGGGCUGCGUUGGCCUUAGUGGCUGUGUGCGUUAUGUCACUAAACACACCUCGCCUUAGCGGCGGCAGGAGUGACACAUUAAAAAGUGAGUAGGAUGCGCUUGGACGCCAUGAAGGAGCAGAGGUGUGAGGUCAGGGACAGAGGCCAGAACGAGGGUGGGUGGUGUGAGUGGAACUUGGGUUAUGCACGGGCGGUGUGCUGCGGUGCCGGGCAGCCCCGUGGUCCCUCAGCUGGGCUCAGUGGCCCCUGUGUUAUGGGAAGUGCACGUGGGAAGGCCGAGGUGGGAGCGAAGCUUUCCCAAAGGGUUGCUCCCCCACGUUUACCUGACAGCCUCCUCGUCCCCGCUGGGCGAGUGAAGUUAAAAGGUUCAAGGGGCGAAAAGCCACGAGCUACAGGAUGGGGAGAUGGCUGUGGAAUAACAGAAGAGGACAUGCAGAAGAAGGGUGGAAACCACAGGCGUUUCCCUGCUGAAAAAUAUACGGCAUGUUAACCAGACACUGACCGUCUGGAGCAUGGGCUUCCCGCUAAAUUCCAUGAGUCACGACGGAGCUUUUCUGCUAUCAAAAUCCUAGAGACUGAAGAGUUGCUUUGUUGGAACCAGCCUGUUGAAGCUUUCUCAACACCGGUUAAAACUCAGGUGCUGACCUCACGUUGGAGACUGAGGCAGGGGGCCUGGGUGAGGAGGAGAAAUCUGUGGUUCUCAGCAACCACCACUGGCAGUUCUUCAUGGAGGUAGAAAAAGGAUCAUAGUGACACAUGCUGGUUUCGAAUAAAGUAAAAGCCAGAGACUUGGCUAUUUUUAUUAAUAGCUGGCUAAAUUUGGACUUGAAAUUGUUUGUAAUCACAGUGUCUUAGUUACCCUUUUCCCGGUUCUCAGCACCUGUCCUCUGACAGUACAAACAUAUCUGGGGCCUACUCCGUGUUCAUUGCUUCUGAGCCAGCUGAGCUAGCUUCCAGUCGGACUCCAUCCACCUGGACAUGGGUUGUGCUGAUCUCUUCCUGGAAGCCUGCAUUCCCCUCGGGCUGCAUCCUGACAGUAGAACCCGGUGGUGAAACCUAAGUGCAGGAAUGCUUUUAAGAUGAGUGUUUUAUGCAGAGUGGCAUGCCAUAUUGGAGGAACUGGGUUCUGCCAUGUCUUGUGUUAAAAAUCAUUCCCUUUAUCUCAUAAUUUCAUGUCUGAAAAGAGAAAAGCUAUGUUGAUGUGCAGGGAAAUGUUUCGGUGUGCCUUCUUCUAGGUCUUCCUUCAAGUGCUAUUCCCAAAGCGGCAGCCAAGGGCCAGUGAGAAGCCCACAGGGAGGGUUAGCAUAGACUAGCAGGAAGGCAUGUCCCAGGCUCGCUGACCACUGGGGCUGCAUCAUUUAUUAGUACAAACUCCCUGUUUUCCUCGCAUGCUGCCUAAAUUCACAUUCCUUUUCAUCCUCUUAAUUAGUCCACUAAGAUAAUAUGCCGGUUUUCAACACAACACACAUAUAAUUGUAAAAGGUAUUUGAAUAAACUAAUUUGUUAUAACUUUAAUAUUUAUUGUUUGUACAGCAGAAAAAAUAUUUCCUUAGUUUUAUAAGUUCUGUGUAGGAUAAACUCAAAUAUUUAUGAAAAUUAAUUAGAAGUAUGUUUUAGUCUGAAGAUUGUCCUCUUUCUGUUUAAUUACAAAAGAAAAUAUUAACUUUUUAUUAGGUGUUAGAAUUGUGAGCUUUUACACAAGCACUAAGUGCUUUUGCAGAGACCAAAAUAUUACAUAAAAUGGCCUUGCCCUUAACGAGCAUGCUAAAUGUCAUGGAGACUAGACUCAAAAGGACAAUAAAUACGGAGGGGUUUAUGAAUGAAGUAAAGUUUCAGAAGAGUUCUCCAAAGAUUGUCUUUUCUUCACUCUCAGAAAUAAUCAGGUUUCUUACAAGCUCUCAUAUAUAGCCACAUUUUUAUUUUUAAAAUCAUAGCACUUUAUUUUUGACGUUAAAAGAAGCCUAUAAACUUAAUGAGGCUUUAUAAUUAAUCAGACGCAUGGAAAUAUUGCAAUCCAAAGAUUGAUCUUGGUAUAUAGAGAAAUAUUUCUGUUACUCUCUCCUAGUGAUUUUACUUUUUUGUUAGCAGGAUUGUUUUUAGGUAAAUAUUUUCUUAACAGUUUGUGUUAUCUGGUCUGAUGUCUUGCUAUUUGAAGUGUGGUCCAGAGAGGAGCAGUAUCAGCAUCCCCUGGGAGCUUGUUAGACAUGCAGACUCUCAGGCCGCAGCUCAAACCUACAGGGGACCAUUUUAACCAGGUUACUAGCUGAUUUGUGUGCACAGUAAAGUUUGAAAACCACUGGCCUAA